UGAUUAUCCAGAUUACGUCUAAUCAAAUGAAACGUCAGCAUCGACGCUUUAAAUAGCUUUAUGAAAUAAAAACUUUAAGCGUAUAUUGCUAUUCUUCUUUUUUGUGUCUCCAAUAUUUUUUUUGACAAACAUGAAGAGAUACCUUUGUUUAUAUGUAACUGUUAUACUUGUAAUAGCAUUAACAGUUAGUUUUGCAAUGGCAGAUACAAAUACAUUUUCUUCCUCCUUUUCCUCUGGAAAUGGAGAAGCUUCAGGAUUCUCCUCUUCAACUGAUGGAAAGCAAUCCUCCGCAUCCAACUCCCAAGUCGCUUCUACUGGAAAUGGAUCUGCUGCUUCUGAAGAUUCCAGCUCUACUACUUCUCAAGGCACCUCUAGUUCAUCCAUAUCUUCUUCUGUAGGCUCUGCCAACGCCAAAGGUAUUACAGCAGGUGAGAAUGGUAAGAGUUCAACAGCAGCUGGUUCUAGUGCGUCUUCCAGUCAAGAUGGUGCUGCAAUAAGUUCAAGUGGUUCAACCAGUUUUGAUAAGAAUAUUAGUGGAGUGAACUUUCAAGGUUCACAAACCACUACUUCAUCUUCCUCUUUUGGAAGUGGACAAGGGGUUUCUGCUUCUGAUAGUGAUACUCCUAAUACAAGUUCAGAAAGCACUACAGGAACAAGUGGCAACGCUGCAGCAAAAGACUCCUCAAGUAGCACUUCUGGACCUAGCGGAGUGACAAGUAGUACAAAUGCCAGUGCUAAAAGUGGCUCUAGUGGUUCAGCAGCAGCACAAGGAACUGCCAAAGCUUCUACAAACUUGAGCUGUGUUUGGCAGUACAAAGAAAAGUGUUUACCUUGUGCUCACAUUGAGAACGAUGUUUGUAAAUGUUACUGGAAUGUAUCGGAUCAAUGUAUAUGUACGAGUUUAACUUGUGCAAAGCCUUUGUUUCAAGCAAGUGUGGAAUCCAGUGCCACCGCAUCUUCAAGUGAUGGUGGUUCUUCUAGUGCAGGAGCCAACGCUGCUUCCAGUCAGUUGGGUGGCGGUGCCAAGUCUCAAGCACUAGGUUCAAGUACAGGGUCAGGCUCCGUCAGUGCUUUGAGCCAAGCACAAAGUAUUUUGGAUCAGGCAGAAGGCAGUGUUCAAAGUCAAGGUUCUAGUUCCAAUGGAGGAGACUUUGGUUCACUUUCUGGUAGUUUCUUUCGCCAAGGUAUCCAAGUGACAGCUACUUCCAAUAGCUCUGAGUCUUGUUCUACUGUUGGUCCUUUUCAACUUGACUCUGUACGCUUUUCUUUUCUAAACACUGCUGAUGGAAUGGUUUUUCUGCAAAUUUGUAGCACGGCAUAAGUUACCUUUUGUUUAUACUAAGUUUUUUCUAAAAAAAUUGGAGCGACUUUUGAAAAAGUUGACUUGGAAGUAAAUACUGGUUUCACUUUUUUUGAGUAUGGUUUGUAGUGUUUGUCAAAGGUAGCAACUGCAAUCACUACAAACCUUUGUUUGCUUCAAGGAAAUUGCAGUUAGUUGCUGACAGGAGUAAGGUUAUGCAGAGCAGGUCAAUGAAUUCAAUCCACUUAUAGACCUUUGAUAUAAAAUGUCGUCAAUUAUACUGGGAGACAUCAACGACGCGAAAAAAGAUUCUCAAGAAAUGUUCCCAACAUAAUAUCUUCUCAACCUGUUCCAAGACAGUAAGAAACUAGAAAGUUUUCUAACUCGUACUUUACUAGUGAAACAAAAGAAAUUCAACCAACUUUGAUAGCUAUUGACGACACAACCAAAGAACUGCUCUUCAAAACCAAAACUACUUCAACUUUUACUAAGAGCACUUCUCUCAGGUAACUCAAGACCAACGAUUGGAUAGUAAGAUAAGCAGUCCGAAAUUCCAAAGUACCCUAACUGCAUCCAAAAGUAGAGUUCCUGCUUUAUAUUCCCAAAUAAAAUUUAGCAUAAUAAUUAAUAGAAAACAAACAAUGACUAUUCUCCAGUCAUACCAACAAGUAAACAGAAAAUGUCACCU